UUCCCCUCCACCUCUGACUCUCUUUGGUCGUCGUUGCUGACAGAUCGGCAAGAUGUCGCUUGUCAUACCAGAAAAAUUCCAACACAUUCUUCGUGUCAUGGGCACGAAUAUCGAUGGUAAUAGAAAAGUCAUGUUUGCGAUGACCGCUAUUAAAGGUGUUGGAAGGCGAUAUGCCAAUAUCGUCUUAAAGAAGGCUGAUAUCGACUUAGACAAACGUGCUGGAGAAUGCUCCGAAGAAGAGGUUGAAAAGAUCAUUACGAUCAUGGCGAAUCCCAGGCAAUACAAAAUCCCUGAUUGGUUCCUCAACAGACAAAAGGACAUUGUUGAUGGAAAAUAUUCUCAGCUGACCAGUGCCAUGUUGGAUUCAAAACUUCGUGAAGAUUUAGAACGCAUGAAGAAGAUCCGUGCUCACAGAGGACUCCGUCACUAUUGGGGCCUCCGAGUUCGUGGUCAACACACCAAAACCACUGGAAGACGUGGUCGCACUGUUGGUGUGUCCAAGAAGAAGUAAUCAUUCAGUGUAUCUUGUAAGAAUAAAGUUUUUAACCUGA